GGUUGUACAAAAGGAACACAAAACAAAGUGCCAAAGAGGUUGGGUUGUCACUCAAAAAUCGCGUCUUCAAAACGCUGUGUGUCCCUCUUCUUCUUCUUUUCCCAUAUUUUUCCUACAACUUCGUUACUUCCCAAAAGAUGGCUGACCCAGAAUUGGAAGCUAUUAGGCAAAGGAGAAUGCAAGAGCUCAUGGCUCAACAGGGCGCGGGAGGAAGUCAGCAAAGCCCUGACCAGCAGAAAGCCCAGGAUGAAGCUAAAAGGGAGGCUGAUGAGCGAAGGCAAGUGAUGCUUACUCAGAUUCUGACUUCUGAAGCAAGGGCUAGAGUUGCUCGAAUUGCUCUUGUGAAGCCUGACAAAGCCAAAGGAGUGGAAGAUGUUAUACUCCGAGCUGCCCAAUACGGGCAGAUAACAGAAAAGGUUUCUGAGCAGAAACUUAUAGAACUGCUUGAACAAAUUAACACCCAAACUACGAAGCAAACAAAAGUAACAAUCCAGAGGCGUCGCAAUGUUCUUGAGGACGAUGAUUGAGUGAUUCGGCAUAUGACAGGCAUGAUAAUAUAGUGCUCUAUUUGUAAUUUAUAUGAGAUGCUUGAUUGUGGUGUGUAUUGUAAUACUCACAAUUUGUCAAACUCGAGUAGGAGUGUUCAUCGAUCGGUUUGGUACGGUUUUGAAAGAAUUCGAUUUUCAGUUUCAAGAAUGUUAUACCGAUAUCAUACUAAAUUUAUUAUGCGGUAUGGUUCGGUUUUUUACUUAUCGAUUUCGAUUUUUGUGGUUCGGUAA